AGUUCGGCUCGGCUCAUCGUCGGCGCCGGUCGUGUCCCGCCACUGCUCCCGUCUAUACGUCAUAUAUAUAUAAGUGUGCUACUGUGUUGUUGCCGAAAACGCAAAUACUGAUAUAAGGCUCACGUGUGGACUGUUUUUGUGCGACUGCAGCGGCAGCUCUACUGAGAUGUGAAUUAUCGUGGGAAUCGAGGAGUGACUCGUCAUGGAUUAGACACAAAGGAAAAUGCCAGAGGCGCAGUAGCGGAGAAAUAUACGUAUAUCGAGGAUGUGCUGCUACGUGAUAGUGACCGGGCGCAGCCUGGCCUGGACGCUGCUCUCCCUCCUGGCGUUUAUGGCGGUUUUAUCGGCCGUCAUCACUCCCAGAUGGCUGGUGAGCCCGCCAGGGACGAUAGACACUACCAACGGCACGGAACUGUACUCGCCGACGGUGGGCAUCUACAACCGCUGCAUCAAGCUCUUCGGCCGCAACCACUGCGGCAACUUCAACAUGGAGGGACUGGCCACAGACUCGUCGGUCUUUCCCGGCUGCUGGAAGGCCUCGCUCUUCUUCAUGGCUCUGGGGCUCACGGUCAUGGGGAUCACGGUAGUCGCCGCGCUGCUCGGAUGCUGCGUGCAGAGCGUCGGCAGGAAGAGCAUCUUCAAUCUCGCUGGAGUUGCCCAGGCUGUCGCUGGAAUCAUUUAUCUGCUCGGGAUGAUCUUGUAUCCAGCCGGAUGGGGCGCCGAGAGGGUGCAGAGAAUCUGCGGCAUGGACGCCUACGCCUUUUACCCCGCGAGCUGCACUCUAGGCUGGGCGUUCUACUGCGCGGUCUUCGGCGUGAUGCUGACGUUCGUCUGCGCGGUGUUCAGCAACCAGGCUGAAAAGUCGACGGCGAGCGACAAAGUCCAGGACAAGAUGAACGAAGGCAAGAGUCUCAUAUGCCUCGUGUGAAUAGCGACUGCGAUCGCGGCGAAACAGAGCAGAGUCAUGACGGCUUUUUCGGAGAUAAGUUUUAUAAUGAGAACCACGCUCUCGGCCCAUUCCUAGAAUGAAUUCCAAGUGCCAUCUACAGAUAUUAUACGCGCAGCGUACACUCGCUCUAACUCCACGAUUUUACAUAUCACGGAUCCGUGAUUUACUUGCAUACGCCUAAUGUUUAAGAGUCUCACAAUAGCGUCUCUCUACUCGACAAGCGAUCGAACGAUGUAUCGUAAGUUACCUGUAAACGUUUUUUAUGUACAUUUUUCUAUGUUUAAUAAAUAUUGUAUUAAUAUGGUUGAUUUAUUUCUGGCGUAAGGGAUACGUUGUGAGAAUGAGAAAUAGCCUUCGUCUGUUUUGGUUAAUGCCGAUCGAAAAUUUAUUACAAAUAUACCUUAGACACUAUCUUACAAAGAAUUCAUCGCGCGCUGUGAUCUCGUACUCAACGAGAUCUAGCUCUCUCUCUCUUAAUUUAAAUAAAUAAAUAUUUUUUUCAUCGAGUAAAAAGUACCAAAUGUUAAAAA